AUGAGCCCGAGCUCCCCUCCGCCCCUUCCCCGCCUCUCUCCCUCCUCCACCCAUCUCUCUACGAGUUACUACGGGAUCUCUAUAAAAAGCCAUGGGUUGAUGGGAGAGCCCGGUCUUUAUGAGACUUUGGAGAAGAGGAGCGACAAGACACAUUCCCGCAUGUCCUUUAGUUCAACCAAAGAGAAGGCGUUUUCUUCUGAGGAGAGACAGAGGGGACUUUGCAAAGAGCAGAACCAGCUGACCGCUCUUCUAGACCGCCACAGAACUGGGUCGCGUAUGUGCGUGGACGGAUGUGACGUCUUCUGCACGCCCCUGUGGGUCAAAUUAUACAGUAACGCUGAUCGUAGCAGCAGAACGUCAGACACGAGUCCGGCUUGUGAUUGGUUUUGUCGCUGUCACGGUUUGUUGCGACAAUAG